AUGAUGGACCUCCUCACCACCACCACCACCUUGGGCUGGGCCGUUGGCCUGGGCGUCACCACCUUGAUCGUCCGUUUCGUACUGGAGCUCCACGCCAAACGGACUCGUAUGAGAGGGCUUCCUGGGCCGCCUCACAGUUACCUUUUCGGUCACAUCCUGGCCAUGCCUCCAGUGCUCGCAAGCCAACCGCCAAACGCAGCUCCUCAGACGUAUUUCCAGUGUGUGAAAGAAUACUACAAUCUGCCAGAUGUCUUCUACUUUGAUCCGUGGCCACUCGGACCCCAAAUCAUGCUCAUCUUCAAUGCCGACAUGAUGCAUGCUGUUUCCGUCGCGACCUCGCUACCGAAACAUCCCGUCACUCUCGACUUCAUGAAGAAUUUCGGCGGUCCAGGCAAUCUCGUCAGCAGCGAAGGGAAAGAGUGGAAACGAUGGCGAUCUGCAUUCAAUCCAGGCUUUGCUCCGGCGCAGCUGAUGUCCAUGCUUCCAGUGGUAGUGGACGAAUGUCAGCGCUUUUGCGACAUCAUGUCCACGCAUGCCAAAAACAACGACAUCAUCCGACUGGAACAGUAUGCUACGAACCUCACCGUGAAUAUCAUUGGUAAGAUAGUGCUUGACCUGGACUUGAAAGCAUGGGAAGGUCGCAACCCGCUUCUUACAGCUUUCCACUCCCAAGUCCGCUGGAUGCAGAUGGGCGUGCAGUUCCAGCCCAGCGAGCUUUGGGAUAUUAGAAGGCCUAUCAUCCAGAUGUACAACAACUGGAAGAUGGCACGCUAUCUCAGAGGCCGUCUGGUCGAACGAUUCGCAAGCCGCGAUAGCAGAGGCAAGACGAAUCACGUCAUCGAUCUUGCCCUCGAAAUAUAUCUGAAAGAAGUCAAAGGCACGUCUGGCGAUACUUCCGACGUCAAAGAACUUGAUCCUGAGUUCAUGCAAGCCGCUAUCAGUAAUAUGAAGACCUUCGUCUUUGCUGGCCACGACACGACAUCCAGCACCAUCUGCUAUGCCCUCUGCUACCUCAGCCAGAAUCCUGACAUGUUGGCACGCAUACGACAGGAACACGACGACGUUUUUGGUCCCGACGUGACGAAAGUGGGCGACCAGAUCCGCAAAGAUCCUAUCUUACUCAACAAGCUGGACUACACACUCGCCGUCACGAAGGAGGUGCUCAGAAUACAGCCCCCGGCGAGCACGGUCCGCUGCGCAGCCUCAGGCUCAGGGUUCAAGUUGCAUAAUCCGGACACGGGAGAAGACAUGGUUGCUGAUGAUUUUAUGAUCUGGCCAGUUAGUAAGUCUGGACCGUGGGCAAAGAUCGGAUCACAGGACAGUACUGACAUUGUUACUUGUGCAGAUGUUGGCAUGCACAGGAAUCCGAAGUACUGGCCGAACCCGUGCAAGUUUGAUCCGGAUCGUUUUAUUCAGGGCUCGGCAGUCUACGAUGCGAAUAAUAAAGAUGCUUGGAUCCCGUUUAGUAAAGGCAUCAGAAAUUGUAUCGGCCAAGAACUCGCCAUCAUCGAAACAAAAGCCAUCCUCGCCAUGACGAUCCGCACCUUCGACUUCCAGAUCGCCUACGACGAGGUCGGCAAACUAAAGGGUGAUGGCAGUGCGUAUCCGAGCCGAACGGACGGGAUUCUGGAGCAAUUUGGGGAAAGGGCGUAUCAGAUUCAGCUAGGCACUGCGAAGCCGAAUGAGGGUAUGCCGUGUAGGUUGAGGCUGAGGAAGGAGGUGGUACCUCAGUGA